GCGUGUAGGUGAGAGGCUGCCGCGAUUGUACGGUUGUACGUUUUGGCGCUGCGACAGAUCGAAGGGCCCCGGAAAAGGGGACUUCAAGAUGGAGUCACAAGUACACAAGCCGCACCGGCAGUCCAAGAAGUCCAAGGAGAAGAAGAAGCAGCAUUCAGGAGGAACGAACCCCAAGGCCUUCGCCGUCUCCAACCCGGGCAAGCUUGCGAGACAGGCUGCGCGCUCCCACGAUAUCAAGGAGAAGCGCCUCCACGUCCCACUAGUCGACCGCCUUCCCGAUGAGCCGCCCCCGCGGCUAGUCACCAUUGUCGGACCUCCAGGCGUGGGCAAGACGACACUACUCAAAUCGCUGAUCCGCCGAUAUGCCAAAGAGAACAUCUCCGACCCGGUGGGGCCAAUCACGGUCGUCACCUCCAAGAAACAGAGGUUAACCUUCAUUGAGUGCCCCAACGAGCUGGAAGCCAUGGUCGACCUCGCCAAGGUGGCCGACAUCGUGCUGUUGAUGAUCGACGGCAACUACGGCUUCGAGAUGGAGACGAUGGAGUUUCUCAACAUCCUGGCUGCCACCGGCAUGCCGGGCAACGUCUUCGGCAUCCUCACCCAUCUAGACCUGUUCCGGAAACCGCAGGCGCUCAAGGAUGCCAAAAAGAGGUUGAAGCACAGGUUAUGGAGCGAGCUGUACCAGGGCGCCCAUCUGUUCUACCUCUCGGGUAUCUGGAACGGCCGCUACCCCGAUCGCGAAAUCCACAACCUCUCCCGCUUCCUCUCCGUCAUGAAGAACCCGCGGCCGCUCGUCUGGAGGAACUCGCAUCCCUACACCGUCAUCGACAACUACCGCGACAUCACCCACCCCACCAAGAUUGAAGAAGACGCGAAGUGUGAUCGGUCGAUUGAGCUGUCCGGCUACCUUCGCGGCACGAACUUUGCCGCCCAGGGACAGAGGGUACACAUAGCCGGCCUGGGCGACUUCACAAUAUCCCGCAUGGAGGUCCUGCCGGAUCCCUGCCCGACGCCCGCCAUGGAGCAGGCGCUGGCGAAGAUCACGGGGAAAUCGGGCCGCCGGCGGCUGGACGAGAAGGACAAGAAGCUGUGGGCGCCCAUGGCUGACCGCAGCGGCAUGAAGAUCACGGGCGACCACAUCGUCAUCACCAGGGAGAAGGGUUUCACCUUCGACAAGGAUGCCGAGGGUGUCGAGCGCGGAGAGGGCGAGCAGCUUAUUGUGGAUCUGCAGGCCGAGAGGCGGCUGCUGGGCCACACCGACAAGGGCGUCAAGCUGUUCGCGAACGGCGAGCAGCUUGCCGAGGUGCCUGACGACGAGGCCGACCGGGGGAGGAAAACGCCGCGGAAGGCUCGAAUUCUGGAGCGGGAUGGCUCGGAUGAUGAGGCGGAACUCCCGGAUGACGAGGGCUUCGUCAGCGGGGAGGAGCCAGCCGGGUCUGACGUUGAGGCCGAGUUUGACGAGGCGAAACUGGGGAAGCUGUUCCGCAACCGAGAGGAUAAGGUUCAAGGGGAGGAUAUCGCUUUCGCGGACAGCGACUCGGAUUUGGGCUCCUUGUCCGGGGAAGAGGACCUAGAUGGCGAAGACGUCGACGAAGACGGGGAGGAGGAUGACGAGUUUGACUCGGACGAGGAAGACGCAGCUGUAAGGUGGAAGGACAACAUGGUGGAGCGCGCCAAGAUGUUGCACGGAAAGAGACGGCCGUACCGGGCUACAGAUCUUGUGCGCUUCAUGUACGACACGACGCUGACGCCAAAGGAGGCUCUCCGGAAAUGGAGAGGCGAGGAGGAUGAAGAGGCGGAAGAGGAUAUCGAACAGGACGACGAUACCUUCUUCAGGAGGACAGGCAAGGAGGACGCGGAGGAUCUCGGGGAGGACCGCUCGAUACCCCGGUACGACUACGAGGAGCUGGCUGCCAAGUGGUCGAGCGAAGAUGCCAUCACAGCCUUGAGGAAACGGUUCGCCACGUCCAACCUACUUGACGACGAGGAUGGAGGUGGGGAUGGCGGCGACGAAGAAGAAGGCGGCUUCGGAGACGAGGAUGAGGACGACGAAGGUGACGGCGCGUUUGAGGAUCUCGAGACGGGAGAGACCCACGGGCCUGGCCAGGACAAGGAGAGCGGCGAUGAGAAACCCGAAUUGAGCUUGGAGGCGGAACGGGAGAAGAACGCCCGGCGCAAGGAAGAGCUCAAGCUCCGAUUCGAAGAAGAGGACCGCGAAGGCUUCAUGAACGAUAAGGCCAUAGCCAGGAGGGAAGGUGGCCUCCAGGAGUUUGGCGAGGAUGAGUGGUACGACGCGCAGAAGGCCAUGCUCCAGAAGCAGCUCGAUAUCAACAAGGCCGAGUUUGAGGAGCUCGACGAGAGCCAGCGGACGGCGGUCGAGGGCUACCGCGCGGGCAAGUACGCCAAGAUGGUCAUCGAGGGCGUGCCGGCCGAGUUCGUGGAGAAGUUCCAGGCGCGGCUGCCUAUCGUCGUGGGCGGUCUGUCGGCGACGGAGGACAGGUUUGGGUUUGUCCAGGUCAGAAUCAAGCGGCAUCGCUGGCACAAGAAGAUUCUGAAAACCGGCGACCCCCUGAUUUUCUCGCUGGGUUGGCGCCGGUUCCAGUCGCUCCCCAUCUACUCCAUUUCGGAUUCGCGGACGAGGAACAGGAUGCUCAAGUACACGCCGGAGCACAUGCACUGCUUCGCCACCUUCUACGGGCCGCUGAUCGCGCCGAACACGGGUUUCACGUGCUUUCAGUCGUUCUCUGCCGCCAAUCCGGGCUUCCGGAUCGCCGCGACGGGCACGGUUCUGAGCGUUGACGAGUCUACCGAGAUUGUCAAGAAGCUCAAGCUUACCGGCACGCCGUACAAGAUCUUCAAAAACACGGCCUUCAUCAAGGACAUGUUCAACUCGGCGCUGGAGAUCGCCAAGUUCGAGGGCGCCGCCAUCAGGACGGUCUCGGGCAUCCGCGGGCAGAUCAAGCGGGCGCUAGCCAAGCCGGAGGGCCACUUCCGCGCGACCUUCGAGGACAAGAUCCUGCUGAGCGACAUCGUCUUCCUGCGGGCGUGGUACCCGAUCAAGCCGCACCGGUUCUACAACCCGGCCACCAACCUGGUCGGGUGGCAGAGCAUGCGGCUGACGGGCGAGGUGCGGCGGGCCGAGAACGUGCCGACGCCGCUGCCGCGCAACAGCCAGUACCGCCCGGUCGAGCGGGCGGCGCGCCACUUCAACCCGCUGCGCGUGCCGCGCGCGCUCGCCGCCGAGCUGCCCUUCCGCUCGCAGAUCGUGCAGACGCGGCCGCAGCGCAAGGAGACGUACAUGCAGAAGCGCGCCGUGGUCGUGCGCGGCGAGGAGCGCAAGGCGCGCGACCUGCUGCAGAAGCUCACCACGAUCCGCAAGGAGCAGGUCGCCAAGCGGCGCGCCAAGAAGGAGGAGAAGCGCGCCGAGUACAGGAAGAAGGUCGCCGAGCUCGAGGAGCGGCUCGAGAACAAGAAGAAGCGCGAGACCAAGGAGUACUGGGAGCGCGAGGGCCGCAAGCGCAAGCCGGGCGAUGUGGGUGGCGGAGGGGGGAAGAGGCGGAAGUAGGAGGACGGGAUUUAUUAUUAUCUUAGCUGUCUUUGGGUGGUGCUUGGGAGGUUGCAGUGGUGUAAACAUAGUGAGGCUAAUUCUAUCCUUAUACAGGUUUUUU